AUACACAUACACGAUGCACAUAGUCAAACUCAAGCCUUCCUUUAUCUCCUCUUUCCCUUUACAACUUCUUUCAUCUCCGGUAUCAUAACAUGGCGGCAAAGCUAAUAUCCACUGGUUUCCGUCUUACUACUUUGCCCGAAAACUAUGUCCGGCCUCUCUCUGACCGUCCACGUCUCUCCGAAGUUUCUCAGCUUGAAGAUUUCCCUCUCAUCGAUAUAUCUGCCACAGAUCGACCUCGGCUCGUCCAACAAAUCCACCAAGCUUGUGCCCGUUUCGGUUUCUUUCAGGUUAUAAAUCAUGGUGUUAGCAAAGCAACUAUAGAUGAGAUGGUGACUGUUGCACAUGAGUUCUUUGGCAUGCCUAUGGACGAAAAAAUGAAGCUAUACUCGGACGAUCCAACGAAGACACCGAGAUUGUCGACGAGCUUUAAUGUGAAGGAAGAAGAGGUUAACAAUUGGAGAGACUAUCUAAGACUCCAUUGUUAUCCUAUCGACAAGUAUGUCCAUGAGUGGCCUUCAAACCCACCUUCUUUCAAGGAAGUUGUGAGUAAAUAUAGUAGAGAAAUAAGAGAAUUGGGAUUUAAAAUAGAGGAAUUGAUAUCAGAGAGCUUAGGUUUAGAAAAAGAUUACAUGAAGAAAGUGCUUGGUGAACAAGGUCAACACAUGGCAGUCAACUAUUAUCCUCCAUGUCCUGAGCCUGAGCUCACCUAUGGUUUACCUGCUCAUACCGACCCAAAUGCCCUCACCAUUCUUCUCCAAGAUGCUACCGUUUGCGGUCUCCAGAUCUUGAUCGACGGUCACUGGUUUGCUGUUAAUCCUCGUCCUGAUGCUUUUGUCAUCAACAUUGGUGACCAGUUGCAGGCAUUGAGUAACGGAGUAUACAAAAGUGUUUGGCAUCGAGCAGUGACAAACACUGAAAACCCGAGACUAUCGAUCGCAUCAUUUAUGUGCCCUGAUAACGGUGCUGUCAUAAGCCCGGCAAAGCCCUUGUGGGAAGCCAAGGAGGAAGAGGCCAAGCCAGUCUACAGAGAUUACACUUAUGCAGAGUACUACAAGAAGUUUUGGAGUAGGAAUCUGGACCAAGAACAUUGCCUCGAGAACUUUCUAAACGACUAGAUACUACUCAUAUGUCUGUCUUUGUGUUUACGCAGUAACGCAGAGUACUACAAUAAGUGUUCGAGUGUACACUACGUAUCCAUGUUUCAUUUAAGAAAUAAUAACGACAAUAGUAACCAUUUAUCAGUUCUAUUCUAGUUAGAUUGAUAAAUGUCUUGAUUACAACUAUUACAACUAUUUUGUUACCUUAUACACGGUGUCCAAAAUUUAAUAUAGUAUAUAUGGUUCCGUAA